AUGGACCCGAGAAACCCCGAUAUCAUCAAGUAUCCCCAAGUUAACCCCAGUGUAAUCCUUUCAGUGUCUCCAGAUGCAAUUCGUCCGCACGAACUCAAAAUUCCGAUUUCAUUGUACGUAGAAGGAUUCGAAGCUACCGAGGAUAAGACAUGGGUGUAUCAAGAGGAGGAAACAAAAGAAACAAAAGAAACAAAAGUGCCCCGGGAUUGCUUUAAUCUAUACACGCGCAAGAUUUACGGUCCUGAGAGCGCUGUCAGGAGGAUCACACUUGGAGUUGCUGGGGAAGAUGGUACCAAAGAGAAACCGAACGUUCAGGGAGGCCGCGGUUGGGACGGUACUGCUACGACAGAAAAUCAACCGCUGGAAGAUGGCGGAGAUGGAGGAAAUGGAGGAUCGUCCACUGUUCUUCUCGGACGCAGAUUUGGGUCGGCAGUGCUGCUUUGUCGCCAACUCCUGGGUCACUUCACUGAUGAUGGGAAGAUAUGGCCUACUGACUUUCGCGAUCUGGUGCGCGACUGGGUGUUGGAAAUGACAGUGGAUAAGGCAAUCCAGAAACUGGUUCCAUUACCAGAGGACAUGUCAGAUGUAGAUCAGAUCCUGAAAAAGCCGAAAGAGGAUUUCCAUCAGAUAUUGAAGCUUUCGUACGAGCAUCUCCUUCGUCCGGGAGACACGCUUAGGAAUAACAUGACAAAGGCGAUUGAUGUCAACGGCGGGACUUAUGGCAUGGGCGGAAGAGGACCAAAUGGACUGGGGAAAGAUGGGAAAAAUGGACACCCUGGACGGAGCAUGGUGGCAAUUGUCGAUGAAUCGGAAAAUAUUCUCAGCUUAUCAACCUGCUAUUUGCAUCCGGUGCAGUGUCAGAUGCUUCUAGACAAGGCAAAACUAUUCCUCUUACUGGGCACCGAAGAACAUCUAGCCCGUGCACUAACUCUUCUAGAGCGCUUACACUUGCAAUUGUCAUUCCUGGGAGAUCCUGAUCUCCCAGAAGACCUUUCGGAAACCGCACUGGGCAAAGCCUAUCGAGCCUUUGAGCCCCUUUUGCACAUUGUCGGUGGUCGUCGGGACAAAGAACCGGUAUCCUUUCAGCAGUUACGAGUGAUCCGGAACGAGGUCGAAAAGACGUUGAAAGGAUUGCUGACCCCGAAAACCAAAUCUGACCCAGCUUCAAUCCAAGUCCCUCGAGCUUCAUUCGCCUUUUAUGCGACUUAUGCCACGAACUUUCUGGAGGAGCUGAAGGAGAUUGAAGACACUUAUAUCUCGUAUUUGAAAGACGAUAUCUCCGAGGAAAGACAGAGAAAGGCAAUCCAACAACGCGAAAGCUCCUGCCAAGCAGCAAUUGCACAAAGUAGAGACUUGAUUCAAGUCGUCCGACAUGAUAUGGACGCUGUUGUCCACAAAAUAUCCGUCGCUGAGCAGGGAAUGAAAAUUGCCAAAGAUAAAUUGAUGCAGACUAUGGAUGGCAUCAAGAAGAAAGUGACAUAUCUUCUUGGUUUUAACUUCAACGACUUGGUUUCUGCCAUUGGCAUGGUGAUUUUUACCGCAGAGGGAGGGGGAUUGUAUUGGAUGAUGGCUAAUGAGGGGCUCGGAUUCGCCUACGAUACCUGGAACAAGAUACAGAAUGAUUCUGGCGUCUCCAUUGACAAAAAGUAUCUGGUGAAACAUAUUCAGAGAAUUGGUGAGACAGUUCGGGAUCUCAAGGAGGGAUAUGAGAUCAUGAAGGAUGGGGGUGUGAACUUCAGCGAUCCAGGGGGUGAAAAGCUGGCCAUGCAACAGUCUAUGAUGGAAACAUUUCUGAAUGAAUUUAGUUCAAAACUGGGUGAUGAAACCUUGAAAGAGGUCAGAAAAGCAUUUGAGGACUAUAUCAAUGCCGUUCAGACACGAAAUGAAAACGUGCUCAGCUAUUCCAGGGACGUCCAACUUUUGAUUCGCCAUCUCUCCCGGAUUGAGUCGUUGGAGGCUCAGAAUAAAGAUCUGGUCCGCCAGGAAUACGAUUCACUCGGAAUGGAGCAUCCGACGCUCACAGCCUUUAUGAGGUCGAUGUACACCCACGCCUUGGAUGGCGUCAUGAUCUGGCUGCAGGGAAUGCAAAACGCAUAUCAAUUCUGCGCACUGGAGGACCGAAACAUCAUCGGUGAGGAGAUGAGAGAGUUCGACUUUUCUAACUUCAACUAUCCCAUGUUAAAUAGAAUCAACACUCGGCUGAACCAAGCGUAUGCGGAACGGGCUCAGUCCUGGGGCCGUCCUCCACAACAUGUGGAAGGAGUUCAAUACAUGAUCCCCGACGCUGACAUGGACCUGCAAGACUCGACGCCGACGGACAUGAGGGUUAUCCUCCAAGCGGUGAUAACGCCGCACACCGUACAAUAUCCGAGCAAAAGUCCAAUUUUCGGGUCAGAGAGAGUCGACGUGCGAGUGACCAGCGUCCGGUUCUAUGUGGAUAAGGUGUCCACGAAGAGUGGCUUCCUGGACGUAUGGAUCACCCAUAGCGGUGGAGAAACUAUCCUGGCGGACGACAAAAUGCCCCAUCUCUACAGUCACCAGCCUGUCAAGACCAACUUCCGCUACAAACUGGACGACAGGAAUUAUACCGGGAAAGGGACAGUGCAGGGCGAGAUCAGCCCGGUUGCCUUGAAUCCUUCUGUCAAGGGCCGAAAUGAGGAUCCAUAUGCUUUAGUUGGGCCAUUUACUACGUGGUAUAUCGAGAUUGUCCGAGAAGACAACGAUGGAUUGGAUCUAUCUCAAGCCGAAAAUCCGUGUUUGGAAUUUGAUGUUCUGUUUCGUCCAACGCGCUCGUUGGGCUAG